GGGCGAGGCGGAGGAUAAAGAUCCCGGAGCUGGCUCGGAGCUGCCGUCCGCAGCGGCUCCGGGGCAGGUCCGGGGCAGGUCGGGCGGCUGCCAGAGUGGUCCCCGCACGCAGCCGCCGCAGCCCGAGCUCUCAGGCGGUCAGGGGCGGGGUGUCUGCUCCUCCGACACAUUAAAAGUUUCGGGGUGGCAGCAGGGCGGCUCCGUCGACGCGGGAGCUGCAGCACCUGCUCGGCGGCGGCCUCUGCGAAAGCCCACGGCCCGCCAGGCACCGCCCCGUCCCUCUGAGGCCGAGCCGGGCCGGGCCACCCCCCCGCCGCUCCUGACGCCCCCGCCGCCGGCGUGGCCCGGUGGUUAUUAACCACUGCCGCCGGUGAGGAGCGGCCGGUGCCGGGAAGAUGGCGAGCCCCAGCCUCCGCCUGCUGCUUCUCGGCUACUUGGGCGUCCUGAGCUAUCGCAAAGUGUCUGGAAUUUCCAUUGAAACGGACAACAAACACGUAAAAGCAGAGGAGUUCAGGGAGGCUAUUCUUAGUUGCAAGCAUAAAUUUUCAAAAGCGACAAACUUAAGGAUAGAAUGGAAGAAAAUCCAGCCUCGAGAAGUCUCAUUUGUCUACUACAAGGGUGAAUUCACAGGUGAUCUUCGAGGCCGAGCAGAGAUGCUGAAUACAGGAAUCCGUAUUAGAAAUGUGACAAGAAAGGAUUCUGGGACCUACCGGUGUGAAAUCAGUGCAAAGAGUGAAGAGAGGCAACAUGUGGGAGAGGCUGUUAUUACUCUCACAGUAUUGGUUGCUCCAACUACUCCGGUAUGCGAGGUCCCCAGCUCGGCAAUGACGGGCACAGCAGUGGAACUGAGCUGUAAGGAGACUGAGGGGUCUCCUCCCUCUGAGUACCAGUGGUACAAGAAUGGUGUUGCCUUAUGGGAGAAGACAGGAACAGGCGGUGCUAGAGCAGCAAACAUAACUUACACAAUGAAUAAAAAGUCUGGCACUCUGCUAUUUAACACAGUUACAAAGAAUGACACUGGAGAGUAUUUCUGUGAAGCUUCCAAUGGGAUCGGAUUAUCUCAGAAAUGCUCAGUGAAGCGAAUGCAAGUUGAUGACUUGAAUGUAAGCGGCAUCAUUGCUGCAGUAGUAUGUGUGGCUUUGGUAAUGGCAUUGUGUGGCCUUGGAGUAUUUUAUGCCCAGAAAAAGGGCUACUUCACGAAGGAAAGCUCUUCCCAAAAGAAGACCGAUUAUCAAUCUACAAGUGAAAAGGAUUUCAAGCAUACCAAAUCCUUUGUUAUUUAGAAGAUUUCAGCCUCUGUGAGGGACAACAAAUGAUGACAUGUUAUACAACAGUAUCAAAGAGAUCUUUUGACCUCUACUCAGUAAAAACUGUUUCCAUGUACUACAUGCUGAAAAUAGAAACUGCCAAUGUUUAGAUCUAGUCAACAUAGCUCUAAUUGCUUUUUUUUUUUAAAGCAAACAAAACCCAAAAAACCUUGAAGCUAGAUAGAGCUAAUUGAAUAUACAAGUUUUUGUGAAAACUUAUUUUGUUCAUGUAUACAUGCAGCAAUACAGGAUUCACUCUUGCAACCCAGAACAAUCUAUUUAAAUAAUGUUCACAGAUCACCUUGCUACCACUACUUCUACUACUUGCACCUCCACCAUUGUCAAGGGCUGAAACUCUCCUGCAAUUUGGACUUAUUAGUACCUUGACACUGUAUUACUUUGCCAAAGCCACCUGUAAGUACGUAAGUAGUCGUGCAGACUUAAAAUCACUACCCAGACAGAAUUAAGCUUCCUGUAAUUGAAGUUCAAGCAGUGUUUUAUUGUCUAAUAUAAAAUAUCUACAUAAAAUAUCUAAUAUAAAAUGGCUACAGCUUCUUUUCCACAAGGAAGUGCAUUUCUCUCUGUAGACUACAUAUGUAAUUUCAUUCUGAAGAAAACACAAGCCAGUACAACUCAAGCUGUAGUGUCUGGACCCUAACUGUUGAAGUGCUCCAAAUAAAUGGUUCCUUAAAACAUGAAA